AUGCCCCGGAACGGCUGCCCCGAGGGAGCCGGGCGCCCAGCGGCCGCGGCCCCGACGUCUCACCUUUCUGAUGCUCGCCCCGGGGCCGUCCCACAUGGAUUUUUACAACCUCACGUCUCCUUGGCCCCGGGCGGCCGGGAGGAGCCGGAGCCGGCGCCAGAGCCGGAGCCCGAGCGUGCAGGAGCGGGAGGAGGAGAAGGAGGAGCGGGGCGGGGAGGGAGGGAGCGAGCGAAGGAGGAAGGGCGCCGCUCGCAGGGCCGAGGCCGGGCGCCGGGCCGGGCGGGGCCGACGGCCGAGGGGGCGGCACCCGCCGCAGUCCCGAGACGCGCGCUCGCGCGGGCGCAGCCAGACCUGCGCUCCGCCGCGCCCCCAGCCCCGCCGCUCCGCGCGCUCGCUCGCUCGCUCUCCGCGGCCCUGACUCACAUUCCCAGCAUUCCCGAGGAGCCGCUAGGGGGGCCGGGGCUGGGACGCGGGCACCUCCGCGGGGGGCAGCAGAGAGCGCCCGGCCCGGGCAAGGUGCGGGCGCUGGGGGUUUUCGAGCGCCUCUGCCCCGGAGGCCACCGUCUCUGA